GCCCCGGGGCUGACGUGGUGCCCGUGGUGCCAGCGGGUGCUGCUGCUGCCCGAGCCCUGCACGCUGGACAUCGACGGGGUGGUGCUGGGGCUCAGCUCCACGGACGUGCUGUUCCACAUGGGAGCUGAGGAGAUCAGCAGCUCCUCGGGGAUCUCCGACCGUUUCACGCGGAUCCUGCGGCACAUCCUGACCCAGCGCAGUUUCUACCCGCUGUACCCGCCGUCGGAGGAGCUGAACGUUCACCACGAGGUGGCCGCGCUCGGUGCCCGCCUGCCCCUCACCCCCGACGUGCUCGUCACCCCCUCCCAGCUCAGGUUCUUCAUCAAGGACGUCCUGGGCUGUGUCUGCAUCAACCCCGGGCAGUUGACCAAGGGCCGGGCCGGGGGCACCUUCGGCCGCCUCUGGAUCCACCGGGAAUCGCCCACGGAGCCGACGGAGCCGCGGAGGAGGAGCCCCUGUGUGGCUGCCCAGAUCCUCCGGAUCUGAGCCCUCGGGAUCCGAGUCCUUGGGAUCCGAGUCCUUGGGAUCUGAGCCCUCGGGAUCUGAGCCCUCGGGAUCCGAGUCCUUGGGAUCUGAGCCCUCGGGAUCUGAACCCUCAGGAUCCGAAUCCU